CUUAGACAGUUCCUAUGGCCUGUGCAGCAUCGGUGGUGGUAUAGCUUACACUCUAGUCUCUGUCCUGCCUUUGUUUUUGAAAUUCUGGUAAGACAAAGGCGUCAGCCAUGUUUAAGAAGGUUCGUAAGGCCCUGUCUAUGUCACGGAGACGGAGCAGAGAGAAGGUUUAUACUGUGAUCACACCCAGCAGGAGGAUUCAGGCAUCGGAAAUUACUGGACAGAGACUUGCCGGGUUCACUAGGAAACAGAGCUUUCUCAAGCUCCUGGCUGAGGUGUAUCGUGUCUCGUCUAACAGCAGUCCGCUGAGAUGGAAGCGUGUGACGGACACCCUCGUCCCCGUCACGGUGAAAUGUCUGCAGGACGCGCCGUUCCACGUGUUCCACAUCACCGCCAACAACUUCGCUGACCAACGCGUGCUUGAUGUACAGAUAACCGUUCCAGGAACUCUGUUUAACAAGACUGCUGAGAGCUUUGUACAAUGGAGAGACAAAAUGAAUGGUGGAGCGUGGGGACUCAACUUCGUGUCCGAAAACGAUGCAUUCCGGUUCUUGGACGCUUGCAUGCCGACUGGGCGUAACACCCUCUCCCCCGUCAGUAACUGUUCCUCCAGCUCACUCAAGAUCACACCACCAAAGUUUCUAAGGCUCCUGGCUGAGGUGUAUCGUGUCUCGUCUAACAGCAGUCCGCUGAGAUGGAAGCGUGUGACGGACACCCUCGUCCCUGUCACGGUGAAAUGUCUGCAGGACGCGCCGUUCCACGUGUUCCACAUCACGGCGAAUAACUUCGCUGACCAGCGCGUGCUAGAUGUACAGAUAACUGUUCCAGGAACUCUGUUUAACAAGACUGCUGAGAGCUUUGUACAAUGGAGAGACAAAAUGAAUGGUGGGGCGUGGGGACUCAACUUCGUGUCCGAAAACGAUGCAUUCCGGUUCUUAGACGCUUGCAUGCCGACUGGGCGUAACACCCUCUCCCCCGUCAGUAACUGUUCCUCCAGCUCACUCAAGAUCACACCACCAAAGAAAUAUGGACCAACCGAGAGCGGGACGGACCUGAGAGCAGCGGUGAACUCUCGUAGCGCGAGCAGCUCUUCCACCCGAACCAGCUGCUCCGACUACGAAGGCGUCGACUCCGAAGGUUCCAGCAACUACGAGAAUGUUUCCCGCGAAAACGACAACGGGGACGAAGAUUCGGCCAUCGGGAAAGAAAACAUGCGGACAAGCCGCAAGGACGGCAACGUGGAAAGUAUGACAGGGUGUCGGGAAGAGAGCACAGCCUCGGGAAGGAGAAGUCGCUCGCAUUCCUGUGAUGGACAGUCGAUCGCACUGGAGACACGGAUCAAGCGAUACCUGUACAUGGAGGACACAGAAAACUGCUCGGCUCAGAGCAUGACCAUCACGUCGUUUACUGUCAACAAGACCUGCCACGCUGUGUCUCACCAGACAGGGUCCAUGUCACAGACAGCUACGCCUACCUCAAGCCCAGCAAAGGCUGGCGCUGCGAACGGUUCAGUCAACGCCAGCCCGAUGUCCGUGUGCUCCGUGUCGUCCGGUCGCUCGACGAAGAUUUCCGACGGCUCGAAGAAGCUGGUUUCCCGGCAGACAAGCGCGCCGUCCGGAAUCGGACACCACAAGCCGCUUCUUCCCCAAGCGAUACCGCACACGUUAUCCAAAGCUAGCACCGCCCAGAACAGUUCGUUCACGAUUUCCACCCCGGAUUCGAGCAGUUUUACCGACUCUCGGCGGCUCAGCUCCCCUCCAAGCAGCCCGAUGGUCGUUGACUCGAACCCACAAACUCCAACCCGGAACUCGCUCAGUCCGAGACGGCUUUUCGUGAAGCAGCGAAGCGCGCCGUGUAACCUCGGAGCGAAGUUGCUGAACUCCCCGCGGCGGUCGUCCAUAGGAAGCAUCACGGAGGAGUACCUGUCACAGAACGCCCACUCCAUCAACGAGAUGGAAGGAGAAGAGGAAGGAGAGGACCCGACGUACGACAACGUGGACCCGAGCGAAGUCGGCUCGCGGCGGAGCAGCCUGUACGACGGCCGUGAAACCUUCGCCGCGCCACUCCUGCCGCCCACGGAGUUCCAGGAGACCCCGGACUGCAGCCUGUUUCGGGAGUACGAGUUCCGCAUGAAGCGACACGGCAGCGAGAGAUCAGAUAGCGGGUUCGAGGGGGGGUACCCGGAACUGGACAAUAUUUCAUCUUCAAGGUCCGGUACAAGUGGGAACAGCACGAGCUCCACACACAUGAAGCAGUUCCUGGCCUCUCUGCCGUCGUCCUCGGAGAGCGGGAGCCACGGCACCGGCAGCGACUCCAGCAGCGUGGGUAUCCAUGGCGACGUGGGCAAGCUGCGGACUGCCGAGCCGAGAUGCUCCGUGAGCGAUGAGAGCGGGAUGGGGGACGUCAGGCACUCCAAACUCAUGCGGGGAUACGAGAGUAACGAAGAUGACCACUCCAUGAAUGAAAGUGAGGAGGAGGAGGAAUCUGAUCUUCGCUCUCCGACCAGGUCCCACAAAAACUACAACCGGCAGGGCGGCAGCAUCAGGAAAACCGGCUGGCUGCACGUCAAGAACUUUCUGGAACACAAGAAGAAGAAAGUGGAACUUUCCAACAAGAGGAGGUGGAGAAAGUUCUGGGUUUGUCUGAAGGGCACGUUGCUGCUGUUUUUUGAGUGCGACGAAAAACAGCCGGUCGACGAAAACUCUGAACCAACCCACACGCUCUUUGUUGAGGGGAGUAUUGCCCAGGCAGUUCCUGAACACCCGAAGAGAGAAAACAUUUUCUGUCUCAGCAACGGUUUUGGAGAUGCCUACUUGUUCCAGGCUUAUACACAGAUAGAAAUGGAAAACUGGAUCACAGCCAUUCACUCAGCCUGUUCGUCUGCGAUUGCGAGGCAGCAUGGGAAGGAUGACACGCUAAAGCUGCUGAGAGCAGAGGCUCAGAAACUGGAGGAAAAAGUCGACGCCGACACUAAGAUGAAGAAGAUGGGAGAACUGCAGAUGGCCGUCGUGCCUGACCCAAAGAGCAGAGAGGCCAUCACCAAACAGAUCACUCAAUGGGAACAGAACCUUGAAAAAGUCCAGUUGGAGCUGUACAGAUACAGAUGUUACAUGGCAUCACUACAGGGCACUGAGCUGCCCAACCCUAAGACCCUGUUGGCGUGUGCCUCCAAACCUACCAAAGCAGCGCUGGCCAGGCUGGGCCAUUUCUCUGUCUCCUCUUUCCAUGCUCUGAUCUGUGCCAGAGCUCCUGUCAACUCCUCAGUCACUCCCUUCACUCAUGUGAAAAAGAAGAAAGGCCUGCUCUCCACACUGCGAGGAAGUGACUCGAAAAAGAAGAUUCGAACGCCGACCCGGGAGCCAAAAGGCGGGACCAGCGUGUUCGGGACCCCGUCCUCCAGUGUGUGUGAUGUGAGGGAGACAGACCUCACCAAGGGAGCUGACAGCCCCAGGAGCACGGCUGAAAGUGGCAUAGCAGAUGUAAGUCGCCCCCCCACCCCGAGCGGCGCCCUGUUGUUAGACAGGCUGGGGGUGCGCUGUAUCCGGGUGGGGCUGCCUAACGACCACGUAACCAUGGUUACGGUGCAGUCCUGGAUGGCGGUGCAGGAUGUUCUAACCAUCGCAUGUCUGAAGCGUGGAGUGGACCCUCGGGACCAUUUCCUGCAGCUGAAACAGUACGGCCCAGACGGUAUGGAGCUGGUCACACCAGACAGGAAAAUACUCAUGGACAACCUGGUGUUUGAAGAAGUAGUUGUGUCCCCAAAGUGUAUCUACCAAGUGGAGCUGGAGAGGAAACCAGCUGGGAGCUUCGGUUUCCGAGUGGAUGCAGAGCUGGGUGCAGAUGGGGAGAUGGAGGAUGAGCUCAGGGUGUUUGUAUCAGCUGUGGAGAGGGGAGGACUCGCCCACCAGAAAGAUGUGUUGGCGGGAGAUGAGGUGCUGGUUAUUAAUGGGAGAGUAGUGUACGAUCUGGACAUGAUCUACAUCGAGAGUCUACUGCAGGGACCUGCACUCACUCUCACCCUGCGCACCAACCGGCCUGAGUCUCAGGUAGCCUCGCUGCACCUGCGGACCACGGACCUGCUGAUCGAUCAGCUGAUCUGCCCGCCGCCUCCCAGCCAAUCAGAAUAUGAGGAUCCGACCCUAGAUGACCUCAUUAUCCCGGCACCCACAGACUUUGACUUCAGCCCCCGACGUGACUCCCUGCCGACCUCGCCUCUCCAGGGGCAACCGUCGCCAUGGGAACAGUCUCCACGGCAACAGGGCAGGCAGGACGUCGACUCACUGCUACAGAGGGCAGAUGAGGUCACUGACCUCUGCCGUAGAAACCAGAACUCAGGGAACUCGUCUCCACGGAGAUUCAGCGUCUCCAAGGAGAUGUCCAACUGCCAGAAACUCAGGAAGGUCAUUCUGGAGCUGGUCACUACUGAGAAGACUUACGUCAAGGACAUGGAGUGCCUACUGGACAGAUAUCUGCAUCCCCUACAGAACGAGUCCUUCUUGUCACCAGAUGAGAUCGAGGCUCUGUUUGGGAAUAUUGAGGAGUUGGUUCAGUUCCAGAGGAAGUUCCUUCAGGCUCUGGAGGACAGCGUUUCUAUAGAACCAGACUUUCACACGGUGGACUCUCCCACUAAGUUUAGGAAAACGCUGUUCUCCAUAAGCGGGGCGUUCCUGUAUUACGUGGACCACUUCAAACUCUACAGCGCCUUCUGUGCCAGCCAUUCCAAAGCCAUCAAAGUUCUCGACCCAGGUAAGGGAAACGCAGCGUUCCGUGCCUUCCUGGAGGCGAGGAACCCGAAACACCAGCACUCUGCCACGCUGGAGUCCUUCCUCAUCAAACCCAUCCAGCGCAUCAUGAAGUAUCCACUACUGCUGAAACAACUGGCAGCGCUGACCAACCAGGAGUCAGAUGAGCACUUCCACCUCUCAGAAGCCCUGAAGGGGAUGACUUCCGUAGCAGAACACAUCAACGAGAUGCAGCGCCUGUUCGAGGAGUAUGGGGGCGUUUUUGACAUUCUCAUCAGGGACCAGCCACAUGCCAAGAAGGAGGUGUCUCAUCUGAGGAUGGGUGACCUGCAGCUGUUUGCCAACGCUCUGUGGCUCAACUCUUCUGACGACAUCAAACACAAGAAGGGCACCGAGCCAGAAAUGGCCAUAUUCGUAUUUAAGGGAGCCGUGGUACUAGUAUGUAAGGAAGACCAGAGGCACAAGUGGAAACUAACCCUGACCAGGAAACAGGGCCGAGAAGUUCUGGAGGAUCGGGAGCGAGAAGUCGUCCUGUUCAAGAGGCUGGUUCCCGUCACACAGCUGCAGAUUCGCAACAGCAACACCAACGACACCUAUGGGCGAUGUGUGUGGGAGUUGGUGCACAGUAAAUCCCACAAGGACGGACGGCCAGAAAAGGUCUUCCAGUUCUGCAAUAGCACACCAGAAGCUAAGAAUGGCUUCAUGAAGGUGCUUCGGCAGGUGAUCAAAGAAGCCGCCAGCAAAAUAUGUAACCCGACCCUCACUCCAAAGUCUCUUCUCCGCAUGAAGCGCAUGGAGGGAACCCACCGCCUCAUGGACCGCAAGCGACGUCACACUGUCGCCGUGGACGCGGUCGCCGGGGUUACCGUUGCCGGGGUAACGCUUCCCGGGGGAACGGACUUUCACGGCAACAACUCCAGCAAUAGUUCCGAACCGCGAAACCCUCGCAGACUGCAUCAGAGAAGGUCUUCGGAACACUGCAUGGUGGAGACGUACGACAACCUUCCUGGCGGCCGCGAUCGGCCGGUCACCUUCCACGAGUCGCUUGGCAACAGAAACCAUGGAAACCACGGGCCCGCCGCAGCGGCGUGUGUUAGUAGGACGUUGAACUUUGACCAGAGCUCGGGAAUGCUCACGGGGAGAGCGCUGAAUUACGUGGUGGACAGCGACGCUGACGAUACGACCGUCGUGAGAGCGUAUCUACCCGUGACGUCCAAUCGAGCCGGCUUAGAUCUAGAGGAGUGGAAUGACUUUGCUACCACAGACUGUUAACUCAGAAACGCUUUCAUAGAAGUUCGUCUGUGUUGGUAGUGAUCAUAGUAAGAUGUUGAACUUUUUUCCAACA